GUAGCUGUGUUUCUUGGUAUUUUAGGCGAAAUGCCAAAUGACACAAACGUCAGACAAAAUUAGACCAGCAGCAACUGUCAAACUUGCAAGUCUUGUACCAUCCUUCAUUUAUGUGUUAAUAUUAUAAAUUAUAUAUGAUUGAUAUUUAGUACUUUAACAAAAAAUAUUAUAAUAUUGGAAUAGAAGCGGCAAAUAAACGAAUUCAUACGUGUAAUCGUCUAUUGGCUGGACUACGUCAUUUUACCGUUGCAGCACUAAAUUAUUUGCCUAUCUAAAAUUGUUUAAGUUGUGUAAGUAAAAUAUUGUCCGCAAUAUCGACAUUAAAACUGGCCUAAAUGUCAGAGAAGAGCUUAAAGGUGGGCGCGCGUGUCGAGCUCACUGGUAAAGAUCUGCAAGGCACAGUGGCCUAUGUGGGCAUGACCAGCUUUGCCGUUGGCAAGUGGGUGGGCGUGGUGUUAGAUGAACCGAAAGGUAAAAAUAAUGGUUCAAUAAAAGGUCAAUCGUACUUUGAGUGCGCUGAAAAUUGUGGCAUGUUUGUACGUCCAACGCAGCUACGAGUUAUAGCAGCUGCACCAGAUGUUAAAAAAUCAUCUGAGGAUGUUACAGAUGCCAGCGGUGCAACUGCACCUACCGCCGCGCAACCCACUAGGGCACGGUUGAGCGGGUCACGCGCAUCGCUCUCAUCCAGUCGCCAAUCUUUGCUGGGAUCACGCUCACAACUAUCCACUUCGUUAACAGAACGCAGUGCUAGUACAGCUAGCACAAAUACACGUAGAACUUUACAACCACCGACGGCCACUUCCAAAAUAGCCGUUUCUGCUUCAAAUACCUCCAUACCAACAAGCGACAAUGGCGGUAAUGGUGGAAGCCCUUCAAUUUCAGCUUCAAAAAGAGCAUCUUUUGUUGAAACUGGCUUUUUGGAGAUUCUUAAACCACAGUUUACAUCAUCGCAACCUAUGCGUUCACCAUCCUUUACAGCACCUCCAUCGAGUUCAUCAGAAGAUAAGGCGGCACUUGCGGAACAACAAAAACUUGUUGAAGAAUUACGUACUCAAAUGAGUGACCUCAACGAGAAGCUGGAAACAUUGAAGCAACGUCGUAAUGAAGAUAAAGAUCGUUUGAGAGAAUUUGAUAAAAUGAAAAUACAAUUUGAGCAAAUGCAAGAAUUUCGCACAAAAAUUAUGUCUGCACAGGCACUCUUACAAAAGGAACUGCAGCGAGCUAAGCAAGAAACUAAGGAUGCAAUCGAAGCACGUGAAAGACAUGCACAAGAAAUGGCCGACUUGGCUGAUAAUGUUGAACUCAUUACAUUAGACAAAGAAAUGGCUGAGGAGAAAUGUGAAACCCUGCAACUUGAGCUGGAGUCGGCGAAGGAGCGGGUUGAAGAGCUACAGGUAGACUUAGAGCUUCUGCGUUCUGAAAUGCAAAACAAAGCUGAAACUUCUAUAGGAAAUAUUUCGAACGAAAGUUCGGGUAUGUCGACGUAUGAAUUCAAACAACUGGAGCAGCAAAAUUCGCGUCUCAAGGAAACCUUGGUGCGUUUACGUGAUUUGUCAGCGCAUGAUAAACACGACAUACAAAAACUUACCAAGGAACUGGAAUUGAAGAAAUCAGAAGUAACAGAAUUGGAACGGACAAAGGAGAAACUAUCAACUAAAAUUGACGAACUCGAAGCCACAGUCGCUGACUUGCAGGAACAAGUUGAUGCUGCACUAGGAGCAGAAGAGAUGGUUGAACAACUAGCAGAGAAAAAAAUGGAAUUGGAAGACAAAGUAAAGCUACUAGAAGAGGAGAUUGCUCAAUUAGAAGCUUUGGAAGAAGUGCAUGAGCAAUUGGUGGAACACAAUCAUGAGCUCGAAAUGGAUUUACGUGAGGAACUCGAUAUGGCCUACGCUUCCAAAAAAGAAGUAUUACGUGAGCGAGAUGCUGCUAUAGAAACAAUAUUUGACCGUGAUCAAACAAUCAUAAAAUUCAGGGAAUUGGUACACAAACUUAAUGAGCAGCUUCUACAAUUACGUGAUCGUAAUGCUGAGAAUGAUCAAAAAUCUCUACAAGAUCCCAAUACUAAAUUUACUGCAGAAACGAUUGACUAUAAACAAAUGUUCGCAGAGUCGAAAGCCUACACACGUGCUAUUGAUGUGCAGUUACGUCAAAUUGAAGUAACACAAGCUAAUGAGCAUGUACAGAUGUUAUCAGCAUUUAUGCCCGAAUCGUUUAUGAGUCGUGGUGGUGACCAUGACUCGAUAUUGGUUAUUUUGUUAAUCUCACGCAUUGUUUUCAAAUGUGGCAUUGUUGUUAGUCAAACACGUGAACGUUUCCCUGCAGUUGACAACGUUUCACGUGAAACAAUAAUACAAGGUCACGCAGUGCAACAGUAUGCAUUCAAGUGCCGCCUUAUGCACUAUAUACACAAUUUGCAAUGUGCACUGCAUCAAAUACUCUACGGACUUAACAGUUGCCAGCCAGAUACUUUACUUCGUGCUGGUAGUUCCUUACCAGAAAUGGUAGCUCAAGAAAAGACGAUCGAUGGCAUAAUUGAGCUUUUGAAAUCAAAUCAACUUGAUGAGAAUUCGACCACUGAGAACAUUGAAAAGUGUGUGGCAUUCUUUAAUGCAAUGAAUUCUGUACUUUUGGCAGGUGAAGACUUAUUAAAUGAAACUCAAAUGAUAAGAGAUUGUGUUGCGUCUCUUGGAUCGGCCUGUGAAUCCAUACUAAAUGAUACAGCCAUAGCACGCACUAUUAUACGUGAGGGCGGUAGUACAAGCGAUUCUAUUUUAUUAAUGCAAUUCCUUAACGAGAAUACGGAAUCCAUUAAGCAGCAAGUGAAGCUGAUCAAACGGCGCUUACCGCAAGAUUUGCAUGUUAUUAAAUGUGGCCUUUCACAACACAAACUUGAAGGUAUGCGGGUUGUGACACAACAAUUGAGUCGCAUAAUGUCGGCAAUGCAUCAAGCUACUAAGCAAUCGGUGCAAAUUAUUGUGGCUUCAAUUGAAAAUGAUAAUACUGCCGAGCAUACAAUUGAUCACACAAAAUUCUGGGAUCUGCUCGCGCAAUCAUGCGAACGUAUCUAUGAACAGGAUGAUCGUGGACCGUCACAAAAUUUCAAAGGCUUGUUAUCACAAGCUAACAGUGAUUUACAACAUAUAGCACAAUAUUUGUUAGAUAAGGAAUAUGAAAUUAAUUCGACAGCCAAUCAAAAGCAAGAAAAGCAAAUAUCGCCUAUUAUUUUGCGGGCACAGGUCAUCAAAAAGCAGCUUGAACAGAAGAAUGUUUUAGCGGCUACCUUAGAAAAUCGCGAAGCUGACAUAAAACAACUGAAGUUGGCUGCUAAAUUAAAGCAAAACGAACUUUCGGAAAUGCAAAUUCGCAAAGAUUUAGCGGAAAAGAAACUAUCUGUACUGCAAAGCGAAUAUGAGCAUGCUGUAGAGAAAUGGAAACGACAGUACAAUGAAACUGUUGAAAUAUUGAAAGAGAAAGAAAAGGAAUUCGAAGAUACUAUGGACCACUUACAAAGCGAUAUUGAGGCACUUGAGAGCGAAAAGAGUACACUACGUGAGAAAUUAAAGUUGAACACCGGCACCAAACGUGGAGCAGAUUCAUCUAUGUCACCAGCAAGAGCUGCGCACACCUCAACUUCAUUCAGCAGUGAUGCACCUGAUUCACCAGUUAUUGCUGAGGAAUUACAGCUGCUGAAAACUGUUCUUAAUAAUGAACGUAACACACGCUUACGAUUACAAGCGCAACAAAUACGAGAGAAACUCAACAAAUUUGAUCCCAUCUUUGUCCCACAGCCCAAGGAUAAACGUAUUACAGAACUUGAAAGUGAAUUAACUAAAAUGAAGCAUACGUGGGCACUUUCCCUGUUACAGGCCGUGCCAAAAACUGCUGUUAGUACUUCCAAUUGUAUCGCUAUGCAACGGAAAAAUCAACUGUUACCAGCUAAGACCGAGAUCUCAGCGCGUGCUAACAACUUAGCAUCGGAAAUUUUAACUGAGUAUUUCCAACGCAACCCACAUCGAGCAGCGUCAAGUGAAUUCGCUGCUUUUCCAACAAUCGAGGUAAAGCAGAUGUUAAAAAUUUAGAUUUGAAUCAAAACUGGAAUUGGUAUCAUUGAUUUUGAAAUAAUUUAUUAAAUACUUACAUACCAAUAACAAAAUAUUUAGGAAAAUUAUAUCAAGUAUCUUUGUAUACCCUUAAAGCUCUAUAAUCUAAAUGCGCUUAAAUUUAUAUAAGUUAUGUAUCUGUUCUAAAAGAAACAUGUAAUAUUAUUGUGAACUUAUUAAAAUAUCUAAACUCUAAUAUUAUUGCGAUUAGUAUUUUUGUUCUUUACGUGCUCUUUUAUUUUGUAUUCAGGCAAUGUAUUUUCCUGCGUUAUUUAAGACUU